AUGGCCGAUCUAAAAAUCGAACUUGAUCAUGAUAUAAUAUAUACUACUGGUGACAUUGUCUCAGGGACGGUGAACCUCACUGUCGACGAAAAGGUGGAUCUCUCCUCCAUUGACAUCACUUUCUUGGGCCAGUCGAGAUCCAGAAAUAAAGUCCAUUCUGGGCAGGGUUACGUCACCAAGUUGGAAAAACAUAUCUUAUUGAAAGAAGUGGCAACAUUGUUUCCUCCUCCAGAUAUCCAGGUCGUUUCAUCCUCAGGGUCAUAUACAUUGACGGAGGGUUCAUACUCUUAUCCUUUUGCAUUCACUUUUCCAGGAAAAGACCACAAUCCUGAUUGUAAGGAAGAAAAGAAGUUCUUGCAUUCCCGUGGGUAUACGAGGAAAGAGCCUACCGAUGAAGUGGCUUUGGCUCCCACGUACUAUCACAGGUCGUCCUUCGACAAUUACUGCCGUGUCGACUAUUCAGUUAUAGCGACAGUAAGAAAUCCAUCAAUGUUUAAGUUCAAUACAAAAGCAUCUGAAGAUAUGAAGUUUUACCCUAACAAUAAUGACAUGACGUUUUCGGUGAACCACAUCAUUAACAAGAAGGUUCACCCUUACCACGAUGAUUGCUCCAAAGAGCUUAAAUAUACACCCGAGGGAACAAUGAAGGUGGAGGGCUUUUUCAAGAAAUUGUUUUCAUCAGAUGGUAUCCAAUUACCAAUGGAUUUGGCUGUCCAGUAUAUGGGGCCACAACUCAAAACUUCUUUGGGCGAUACUCAACGUGUGUUACGAAGUAACGCAAAGCUUUCGAAUUUUGUCCUGCUAUCAUUGCAAACGCCAAUCUCUGGAGGAGCUUUAAGAGAGCUAGCAGGUGACGAUAACAACGAAAAGGGCGAGCACAAUUCUGACUCGUUCAAGCUUCGCAUAUCAAGCAUCAAGAUCAAACUUGUACUGAGAAUACGGUACUUUGCUGUGAAGCAUUCUCGCAGGACACACAAGUAUACGCUUUUAGAUAAGCCACUUGAUAAUGAGAUUAGCUUCACUGAUUUCGAACCGGUACCGGUAAACGAUGCGAAGCAAAGUCUGGGAAAGGGAGAGCUAUACAAGCUUGAUCUUGAUCCAGCAUGGUGGGAUUGCGAUAUUCAGGAUGUGGGUCAGUCUUUUAUCACCUGUAAUAUAAAGAGGGAUUUUGAGCUUCAAGUGGCUCUUGGAGUGGCAUCUUCUGAAGAUAUUUCCAAUGAAGUGUACUUCAAAAUGAUGUGUCCAAUUGUCUUGCAGAAACGAGACAAACUGGAGCUGGACGAAGAAGAUAUCAAGCCUCCGGGCUACGGAAAUCCCCCUCCAGAAUACGGAGACGAGAAAAAUAGUGAACCAAUGGAAUGGGGCGUCUAG